UUCAAUCAGCUUCGAGAAAGUUCAAGGGAAUAGGUGGUAUGUAGUGCGACACGUGUCAACGCGAAAUUAUUAAUGCUUUCGUCAGGACGCACCAGAGGCAAGAGAUUGAUCGGAAGAAAGAAGAAAUUAAAGCUAGGAUUUCCAUUACAAAGAUAUAGCAAAGGUGGAAGAAGCGAGUGUUUUCAACAGAAGUAAUAAAAAGAAGUAAACUCUUCUGUAUUUUACGAGCUUCGAAUUUUCUGGAACAGAGAAGAAAAAUGGCAGAAGAGGUUAGUAACAAGCAGGUCCUUUUCGGAGAUUUCGUAACGGGAUUUCCGAAGGAAUCCGAUAUGGUAUUGAGUACCGGCACGAUACGGUUGAAGGUGCCGGAAGGAUCGAAGGCCAUCCUCGUCAAGAAUCUCUACCUUUCUUGCGAUCCCUACAUGCGUAUACGGAUGGCCAAGACCGACUACGCAAUUGGAUUUUCUCCUUUCAUUCCAGGAUCGCCCAUUACUGGCUUUGGAGUGGCUAAAGUUUUAAACUCAGGACAUCCAGACUUCAAGGAAGGCGACUUGAUUUGGGGGAUAACUGGAUGGGAAGAGUUCACUCUUAUAUCAGAGCCCGAGACCUUGUUUAAAAUUAAAUACACUGAUGUACCUCUUUCUUAUUAUACUGGUAUUCUUGGUAUGCCAGGUCUUACAGCUUAUGCUGGAUUUUAUGAGGUCUGCACUCCUAAGAAAGGCGAAUAUGUCUUUGUGUCAGCAGCUUCUGGUGCCGUGGGUCAGCUAGUCGGACAAUUUGCAAAGUUGAUGGGCUGCUAUGUUGUUGGAAGUGCUGGUUCUAGUGAAAAGGUUGAGUUAUUGAAGAGUAAGUUUGGGUUUGACAAUGCUUUCAACUAUAAGGAAGAACCUGACUUGAACGUGGCUUUAAAAAGGUAUUUUCCCGAGGGCAUCGACAUCUAUUUUGAGAAUGUAGGCGGCUCGAUGCUUGAUGCAGUACUAGCGAACAUGAGGCUCCAUGGUCGCGUUGCGGUGUGUGGUAUGAUCUCUCAGUACAACCUUGAGAAACCUGAAGGCAUCCACAACUUAUUCUACCUCAACGCAAAGCGCAUCCAGAUGAAAGGGUUCGAGGUGUUCGACUACUACUCAUCAUAUCCUAAAUUUCUAGAGGUAACUCGACAAUAUAUCAAAGAAGGGAAGAUUGUUUAUGUAGAAGACACUGUCGAAGGUCUCGAGAGUGCUCCGGCAGCCUUAGUAGGACUCUUCACAGGACGCAAUGUUGGUAAACAGGUAGUUGUAGUUUCCCAUGAGUGAUUCUAAGGCACAUUGAAGUAGAAAGUAUAUAAAAAUGAACUUAAAUUAGUCAUAGAAUAGUCCAUGAUUAGAUUUUACACAUGCAUGGUACUUUUAAGUUGGCCUAUUUGGAACAAUGUUUUAUGUAUCAGUGUGUCACUAUGUAUCACCACCCUGGAUUGCGAAAAUAUCAUGGAAAAUAUUAUAGGUAUUACCUAAUA